GCCGGGUCCCCCGCGGGAGCGGCGGUGGCGGCGCCAUGGCGGAGCUGACGGCUCUCGAGAGUCUCAUCGAGAUGGGUUUCCCUCGGGGACGCGCGGAGAAGGCUCUGGCGCUCACAGGCAACCAGGGCAUCGAGGCGGCGAUGGACUGGCUGAUGGAGCACGAAGAUGACCCCGACGUGGAUGAACCGCUCGCCACCCCGCUCGGACACGUCCUGGGCCGGGAGCCCACUGCCUCGGAGCAGAGUGGCCCCGAAGGAUCUGGAUCGGCUGCCGGCGAAGGCAAGCCCGGACUGAGUGAAGAGGAAAAACAGGAGCAGACGAAGAGAAUGCUGGAGCUGGUGGCGCAGAAGCAGCGGGAGCGAGAGGAGCGCGAGGAGCGCGAGGCGUUGGAGCGGGAGCGGCAGCGCCGGAGACAAGGGCAGGAGCUGUCGGCCGCGCGCCAGCGGCUCCAGGAGGACGAGAUGCGGCGGGCGGCCGAGGAGCGGAGGCGGGAGAAGGCCGAGGAGUUGGCGGCCAGACAGAGAGUCCGGGAAAAGAUUGAAAGGGACAAAGCAGAGAGAGCCAAGAAGUACGGCGGCAGUGUGGGCUCUCAGCCCUCCGCACCAUCAGCAGAGCCGGGGCCUGUCCCCUCCUCUCCCAGCCAGGAGCCUCCCACCAAGCGGGAGUAUGACCAGUGUCGCAUCCAGGUCAGGCUGCCAGAUGGGACGUCACUGACACAGACCUUCCGCGCUCGGGAACAGCUGGCAGCCGUGAGGCUCUACGUAGAGCUGCACCGUGGCGAGGAGCCCGGCGGCGGCCAGGACCCCGUGCAGCUGCUCAGUGGCUUCCCCCGGCGGGCCUUCUCCGAGGCUGACAUGGAGCGGCCUCUGCAGGAGCUGGGACUUGUGCCUUCCGCUGUCCUCAUUGUGGCCAAGAAAUGUCCCAGCUGAGAGGCUUUCCCUCCUCCCCCAUCUUUGAUAAAGCACUGACCUCUCCUUCCUAAUAAAGAGACCCUCUGAGUUCUGUA